GGGCCCGAGCCUCGGACGCCAGCGCCUCCUCCUGCCAUUGUUCAUCCGGCAGCUGCAGCGGCAGGCGAGGGACCCUGGUCCCGGUUGCCACCGCAACAUCAUGACAACAGAGAAGAGUUUAGUGGCUGAGGCUGAAAAUUCACAGCACCAACAGCAGAAGGAAGAGGGUGAGGGAGCUACAAACUCAGGCCAACAAGAAACUCAGCUGGAAAAGGCUUCUGAAGCAGCAGCUGAGGGAGAUAAUCAGUGUGAGCAGAAACUGAAAACAUCUAAUGGAGACACUCCGACCCAUGAAGACUUGACCAAGAACAAGGAUCGGACGUCAGAGAACAGGGGCCUGUCACGGCUGUUCUCCUCAUUUCUCAAAAGGCCUAAAUCUCAGGUCUCUGAGGAAGAAGGCAAAGAAGUAGAGUCAUCUAAAGAGAAAGGUGAAGGAGGUCAGAAAGAUAUAGAAUUUGCAGCAAGUCUUGAUGAAGAGAUCAUUUUAAAGGCCCCAAUUGCAGCUCCUGAACCUGAACUCAAAACAGACCCAUCUUUGGAUCUUCACUCGUUAAGCAGUGCAGAAACACAGCCUGCUCAGGAAGAACGCAGAGAAGAUCCAGAUUUUGAAACUAAGGAAGGAGAAGUUGAAGAGUGCUCUAAAAUAGAAGUGAAAGAAGAAAGUCCUGAAUCAAAAGCAGAAAGUGAAUUAAAAGCUUCCCAGAAAUCAACCAGAAGACACAGAAACAUGCAUUGCAAGGUUUCUUUGUUGGAUGACACAGUUUAUGAAUGUGUUGUGGAAAAACAUGCAAAAGGACAAGAUUUGCUUAAACGAGUGUGUGAGCACCUUAAUCUUUUGGAAGAAGACUACUUUGGUCUAGCCAUUUGGGAUAAUGAAGCCUCCAAGACAUGGCUGGACUCUGCCAAAGAAAUAAAAAAGCAGGUUCGUGGUAUCCCUUGGAAUUUCACAUUUAAUGUAAAGUUUUAUCCACCUGACCCAGCACAGUUAACAGAAGAUAUAACAAGAUACUAUUUAUGUCUUCAGCUUCGGCAGGACAUAGUUGCAGGACGUCUGCCCUGUUCCUUUGCAACCUUAGCAUUAUUAGGUUCUUAUACCAUCCAGUCUGAGCUGGGCGAUUAUGACCCAGAACUCCAUGGUGCGGAUUAUGUUAGUGACUUUAAACUGGCCCCAAAUCAGACCAAGGAACUUGAAGAGAAAGUCAUGGAACUGCAUAAGUCAUACAGGUCCAUGACUCCAGCUCAAGCUGACCUGGAAUUUCUUGAGAAUGCCAAAAAAUUGUCCAUGUACGGUGUUGACCUUCAUAAAGCAAAGGACUUGGAGGGAGUGGAUAUCAUCCUAGGUGUCUGCUCUAGUGGCCUUCUGGUUUACAAAGAUAAGCUGAGAAUUAACCGCUUUCCUUGGCCCAAAGUCCUGAAGAUUUCUUAUAAACGUAGCAGCUUUUUCAUCAAGAUUCGGCCUGGAGAGCAAGAACAGUAUGAAAGUACCAUCGGAUUCAAACUUCCCAGUUACCGAGCAGCUAAGAAAUUAUGGAAAGUCUGUGUAGAGCAUCAUACAUUUUUCAGACUGACAUCUACAGACACCAUUCCUAAAAGCAAAUUUCUUGCACUGGGAUCCAAAUUUCGAUACAGUGGCCGAACUCAAGCUCAGACCAGACAAGCUAGUGCUCUGAUUGAUAGGCCUGCACCACACUUUGAGCGUACAGCAAGCAAACGGGCAUCCCGGAGCCUUGAUGGAGCGGCUGUUGAUUCCACAGACCGAAGUCCUCGGCCCACUUCUGCACCAGCCAUUGCUCAGAGUCAGGACGCAGAAGGCAGUGUGCCAGGUGCAUCUGUCAAAAAAACAGCAGUUUCUAAAGCACAGAAGGAAACAGUGAAGGUUGAAGGGAAAAAGGAAGAAGUACCAUCUGAGCAAGCUGAGCCAGAGCCCACAGAAGUGUGGAAGAAAAAGAGAGAGAGACUAGAUGGUGAAAACAUUUAUAUCAGACAUAGCAAUUUAAUGUUGGAGGAUUUAGACAAAAGUCAAGAAGAGAUCAAAAAACAUCAUGCCAGCAUCAGUGAGCUGAAAAAGAACUUCAUGGAGUCUGUACCAGAGCCACGGCCUAGUGAAUGGGAUAAACGCUUAUCCACUCACUCCCCGUUCCGAACACUUAACAUCAAUGGCCAAAUCCCCACAGGAGAAGGAGUGAAGAAAACCUCUAUCCUUCCCUCGGAAAGAAAGGUUGGUGGGCCAGAGAAUGUAAAUGGCAUUCGCACAGAGGAGGCGGCUGCCGUGACAAAGGGGCCAUCUACCAACCCUGACUCUGAAUGGGAGGGCCCCAAGCAUUCAGUAAUUCCUAGUAAGAGCCAAAUGACCACCCCGUCGGAGUCUCCACAAAGCUUUGACUUUGGCUCCCUCUCCAUAAGCAGCAAGGAGACAGAAGAGAAGGAGCAGGGGGCAGCUGGCUAUCUUGAUAUUAAGGAAAUGCCACAAGGCCCAAGUGGGGAGUGUGUAGGAGUGGAGGAGCAGGCCAGUGCCUUAAAGCUCUCAGUAUCACCAGCUUCCUCUCAGCUGCAACUUGGUGAAAAAAGAGCAGAGAGUAGUGAAGACCAUGUUACACCAGGAGAGCCACUUGGAAAGCAAAAUGGAUCAUUUCUUGACUCUUGUGUGGGUAACCAGUUCCCCACCCUCAUUCGAAGUUUCCAGCCUCCCCUGGUGAAGACUCAGACCGUCACCAUCUCAGAUACUGCCAAUGCUGUGAAAAGUGAAAUCCCAACCAAAGAUGUCCCUAUUGUCCACACUGAGACCAAGACCAUCACCUAUGAAGCUGCUCAGACUGAUGACAGCAAUGGGGACUUGGACCCAGGGGUCUUGCUGACAGCUCAGACCAUCACAUCUGAAACCACCAGCAGCACCACCACAACUCAGAUUACCAAGACUGUAAAAGGUGGGAUAUCAGAGACCCGGAUUGAAAAGAGAAUUGUGAUCACGGGAGAUGCCGAUAUUGACCAUGAUCAGGUCCUUGUGCAGGCCAUCAAGGAGGCAAAGGAGCAGCACCCAGACAUGUCAGUGACCAAGGUGGUCGUCCACCAGGAGACUGAAAUCUCUGAGGAAUGAGCUCAGGAAUCGUUUACCCCCGACUCCCUGCCUGUCUCCCAUCCAAGAGAAAACCAGAGAAAUGAUAAAGAAGCUAACCUGUAAUAGCCAGACUUCAGACUUUCAAGAUUAUUCUAAACCACCAGAAAAUUAAUUUCAUUUUCUAUUUGGAGUUUAUACCAACGGAGUCUUCUAGAGAUCACUGACCUUUUGAAUACCUUUUUCUAUAUUGUGAUACCAGAACUGUUACAACUUUUCACUCUACGGACUGUUUUUAAAGAGCUUUUUGGGUUUUUUUUAUGCGGUGGUUUGUAACCCCUUCAACCUAGCCUCUCCCCAUUUAUUUCCAACCCAGACACUGACAGGGUCCACAGAAUUCUUCUGGAAAACCUCCAAAGACUCUGUCAGCUGUGUUGGGGGCCAAAGCCAGCUUAAUGGGGCUGUCCUGCUCUCCCCUAGUUUUGUACCCUUUGGAUGACAGCAGAAACUUUAGAAACCAGCCCUUUCUCAGAACCAAUGACGUAACUUUACCAGAAUGUCAGGCAGGGUGCAGCCCUGACUCACAGACCCCAGAAAAGUGUCCCUGUCCCUUUGUGGGGGGUGGUUUGGGUGAGGCAGAGACCUCUGCAAAGAAUGUAGUGUUUCCUUUUCCUUCCUCCCUCCUGUUCUUUCUUUUUGGAGCUUCUUUAGAUCAAAGAUAUAAGAAGUUGCUCAGCUAUAUCUGAUACUGUGAAUGUUUUAACAGAUCCGUGGCCUUCACCUUCCUGUCCUCCCUCCCCUUUUACCUCAUCAGAAGCAAUGGCUCUGCUAAGUGCUCCCUCCACCUCCCAUCUCAGGAGAGCAAAACUCACAGAAAAAUAGGCACUUUUGGCUGAAAGCACUAAUGGCACAUUUUUAGUGGUGUUUUGGGCAAAGGAAAUGAAUGAAGUUUGUGAAAGGUUUUCUAGUUCUGGAAAUGUGCACCUCACACAGGGGAAUGGUGGGGUUUACCUCGGUCAGAGCCUGCUAAGAAGUACUUCCAGGUGACCAUUCCUGGGCCUCUUCUGUAAUCCCGGGAUGAUAGGGAAUGUGACUUAGAAGGAGGCUGUGUUCCUUGCCUGUCUUCUUCCCACCAACACCCACCUGCAAACACCCUUCUGGAGCAAACAAGACCCCACAUGCCAGGGGGUACAUGUACCAGCUCUACUCCUUUCCACUCGCCAUCUGAGGUCUGCCAGGUUUUGUAGCUUGAUUUUUAUGGUAGAUUUGGGUUCUUUUGUUUUGGUUUGAAAAUGAGGACUGAUGUCCCAGUUCCACCAUUCCUGGUAUGGAUUCGGGGGCAUUUUUAUUCAGUGGGGCUUCUCUAAUCUUCUAGCUUGCUUCCCACAAACAUCUGCCUAAUUCUAGGACAGAAGUGAAUUCAUGAGACAGACGGUGGGUUGGAGUCCACAAUCACUGGGGGCUCAAGGGCAGUGAGCAAGAGAGAAGUCCGACUCCUCUGCUCCCACGGUGGGAGCAAGUGGCAUGUGUCCAGUCUCUGCUGGCUGCAUUUUGUUUAGAUAGACUCAGUUGGUUUGAACUGACAAGUGUAUGCAUUUUUUUUUUAAGUAGUUAGGUGGAAUUAUUACUAACCAACAGGCAGCUCUCUAGGGAGGCACAGGAAGAGCUCAGGUGGGUUGUGUGACAGGCUUGGGGAGGCUGUCCUGUCUCAGGAACAGACUUAGGCCUAUGGGCAUAGGGUAAAUGGUGGGACUUCAUGGUUGGUCCCCAAGCCUGGGUGGUGCUGAAGUUAGACGUCUAGCUCAUAUCCAGCAACCAUAUAAUAUGAGCUCAAUUCCCAGUGGCCAGAUGUCCUCCUGAAAGCCACCAUGGCCCCCAAAGCUGUAACCUGUGGAAUGAAGAGGGUGGGGGAGAGGAAGAGGGCAUAGCAGUGCAUUAGAAAUCUGGCAGACUGGAUAUCCUGUGCCAUUCAGACCAGUGUGGCAGCUUUCAGAGCACAGGACCAUGAAUCAGGCGGCCUAACCUUUCCUUCAGCUCUGUCACCAACUCCGUACACUUCUCCUCACUGCUUCCUUGUCUAUAAAUUGGACCAGAAAAUCUAUGAUGCCCUUCUAGCACCGAGAAAUCAUGAUUUGGACAAGCUAGCAAGAGGGGUGUCCUUCCAAGCCUCCUUCCCUCUCCUCCCUCUCUGGUAACAGAUCUUGGGGUUUGGCAAUAGUUUGGAUUUUUUUCUUCCUGCAGUUGUGUGUGUGUGCAUGUGUGUGUGUGUGCGCGCGCAUGAAGAAAAGCAGACUCUGUCCAGGUGGAAAUGAAGAGGGGAGGGACUUGGCAGCAGUUUUCCUAAAGUGACUCAGACACAUCACAGUAACAACUCUCACUGCAAUUUUAUUUUUAUUUCACUUGAGAAAUAAAGACUUCCUGCAAGCCACAUGAGGUCUCUGCCACCCACCCACCCACCACGCUGGACCUGCAUUUAUAAGCUGAGGGCCCACAGAGCCUGGCUGCAGGGACCGGUCAGGGCAUCUUUGCCCCUCUUCCCAGCCCACCCCCCCGUGUUCUGCACGGCAGCUGAGGAGGAGGGGACAACAGUCCACCUUGGGAAAUGGAGCCAGAGCUAUGGCCUUCCCAACACCAAGGAAUGCUCAUAGGAAAUGUCUGCCCAAGAUCUCAGCCCCAGGCUGGUGGUUUUACAAAUCUCUCUCAAAUGUAUUAUUUUGGUGACAAAAAUGAAGGAGCUUUGUAAAAUUUUAAAAAAUUAUGAAUCAUAUCAAGUAGUUGUUUACAUUUCUUGACAAAAUAAGAACUAUGGCAGCAGAAUCAAAUUGGCAAAAUCCUUAGAUUAAAUAGGCAAUAAUUAGGUCUGCUGUUUUGGCCUUUUGUAGUAAGAGAAGUGGUUGUAGUGUUUAGAUAUGUGUUUGGUCUUGCUUCUUGUACUGCAUUUUUCAAUAAACUUAAAAAAAAAAAAAGA